AUGGCAAUUUUUCUUUCCAAUUCUGGCCUUACCUUGGGCCAAAAACUAAGCUUUGUCGGAAAAGAAAAUGGCAAAACUACCUCAUUGGAAAGCCCUUCAUUACCAGCACCUCAUCAUCUUCCUCUCCCACUUCCCAUUACAAGAAGUGACCUAUCUCAGGCCCCCAAACCCCAAUGUAAUUUGGACCGUUCAAUUUCCGUCCCUGCUAGCCUUCCUUCACAAAACCACAACAAAUCGGAACUUACAGAUGUAAAAAGCCUUCAGCUCACUCCUGAGUGCAUGGAAUCCCAGGUAGAAAAGCAGGCACUGUCAGGAUCAUUGGACAAUACGUUGACCCCUCUGUUUCCUUAUAAACUGUCUGCUCCUUCUCAGGCAUCAGGAGGGAAAAACCACAUACCACAGGGUGAAAGCGUUCCUUGCAGCUCACAAAACCUUUUGAAUUAUCCAACUUCAGAUACCAAUGAUGAGCCUCUGCCAAAACGUGUCUUGCCAAACACGAGUCUGGAUGAGGUUGGCUUGAAAAAGGGUGACACCACACAUUUUACAACCAAAGCCUGGCAGGAAAUCACAAACAAAGAAGGUUUAGAGGAACCUCCAACAAAAAAAAUUGGGGAGAUUUCUUCAGCUGUACAAUCAAAUAGUGAUCUUGUAUCUGACCUGGGUUUAGUUAACAGACCAAGCCAACAAGCCUCACUUGAAUUAGCUUUUGCUGCUGGUUCUAAAAUAAAUGAAGUGCAGCAGGGCACUGAGACUGGAAAGGGGAUUGAUGAUCCUGACAAUCUCGUUGAGCCAUUAGAUAUGGACUUGGAAAUAGCUGAAAAAGACCCAUGUAGCUGUCCAAAGAGAUUUGAGACUGAUGAAAGACCAUUUGAUUCUUUAACUGGAAACAUUGAAAUCGAUGAUGGUGAAAUUGUAAACUCUACUCAGCAGCAGAUUGAGGAAAUUAGUUAUUCAGCAUCAAAAAAGACAGGAAAAAGUAGACAAAAGGAGAGAAACGUCCCUGUUUCAGAUCAGCAAUUGGAGGAUAGACAUUUAAGUUCAAAUUCCUCCAUGGCUCAGGUGAACAUGCCUGUUGAGUUACCUAGUGGCUGUGUGAGAGAAAAAUCUGAACUUGCUCUUGUCACUGAUAAAAAGCCUGAAGAGGUACAUCUGCCGACUGAGAUUAAACAGUCUUCCUCUGAGGAGGAUCAGAAAACAGACUCUGAUUCACACUUUUCUCCAGUGGCUGCUUUAUUUGAAUUGCAUCAGAAGCUAGUCGCCUCCUGUCAGGACGUUUCUUUGAAGAUGUCUGUCAGCUCAGAGGACAACCAUCAGUCAGACACAGCAAAUCAGGAAGAAGAUUUUCAUCUAAUGGAGGUGUCUGAAGAAUGUUCAGAUAAUAAUGCCUUGAGUAGGGUGUGUGUCAGUGCAGGGGUGGAUACUGUUGCUGUCGAAGAGGAAAAGAACCCUUUGUUCACAGCUAAUUCCAAAAUUUCUCUGAAAAGAGACAGAAGUGUUGAAAGCACCAGUGUAUUUCCAGAAAAAUCCACUUCAGGUGUGACACGAGUUAAAUCUGAUGAAACUUUUGUGCAAGAAUCCGUGGAUAAGGCUGCAGCUUUUAUUAUUGUGUCUAAAGAUCUAGCAAAGGAAAUGGAAGUUUCCCCUACUGAGGAAUCUUUGCAGACUCAAGAAUUACCUGUAAACCCACCUGAUUCUGCAGCUGCUGAAAGCGGCCAGAACUCUCAAAGUAAUGGGGCACAUUUGCAAGAAAUGACAAAUAAUGUGGUCUGCCCUUUGGAGAACCCAGAGGUUUUAGCUACUUCCAUGUCAUGGGAAGGGACCAUGGAAGCCAACAUGAAUCAUCCUAAUAGACAUUCUUUGGGUAGUCCUCUGGAAGUGCGCCCCCUAGCUUUCCCAGCUGCUAACGUUGCACGAAUAAGACAAUCAGGAUUCACUCAGCAAGAAGCAGUGGAAGCCCUUGAACGUUUUCAUGGCAAUACAGACCUGGCGCUUCUGGUUCUCCUUGCAAGAAAAAUUGUAGUUCCUAUUUGA